AUGGCACCGCUGCUGAAGGAGCUCUGGAAGCUGAAGAGCGGGGUGAUUCUCUUCUGCACCCCACUUCUCCUUCUCCCGCUGCCAUUGCUAAUCAGAACCUCGGAGGCGGCAUGCGCCUAUGUGAUCGUGCUGAUGGCAGUGUACUGGUGCACGGAGGCCCUGCCGCUAGCCAUUACAGCCCUGCUACCUGCCGUUCUCUUUCCCGUGUUGGGCAUCAUGCGGUCUAAAGAGGUGUGUAUGCAGUACCUGAAGGACACCAACAUGUUGUUUGUGGGGGGCCUGGUGGUGGCGGUGGCAGUGGAGCACUGGGACCUGCACAAACGCAUAGCACUCAGAGUCCUGCUCCUCGUUGGGGUACGGCCAGCGCUGCUGAUGCUGGGCUUCAUGGGCGUGACGGCCUUCCUCUCCAUGUGGAUUAGUAACACGGCAACCACCGCCAUGAUGGUGCCCAUCGUGCAGGCAGUGCUGGAGCAGCUGGACAGCUCCGAGGCAGAGGCACCGCUGAUCGCCGCCGGCGACAAGCCGCAGCAGCCAAGCCAAGAAGAGGACCGGAAACUCAGAGAGGGAAUGGAGGGGGCUGCCGAGAGGAGGAGGCUGUGUAAAGGCAUGACGCUGUGCGUGUGCUACGCUGCCAGCAUCGGGGGAACCGCCACCCUCACCGGCACCGGGCCCAACCUGGUGCUCAAGGGCCAGAUGAACCAGCUGUUCCCCAAUAAUGGUGAUGUUAUCAACUUCGCCUCGUGGUUUGGGUUCGCCUUCCCCAACAUGGUGCUCAUGCUGUCCAUGGCCUGGCUCUGGCUGCAGUUCAUCUUCAUGGGAUUCAACUUCAGGAAGACAUGGGGUUGCGGGGCAGUGAAGAGCGAGAAGGAGCUGGCGGCGUACAGAGUGAUCCGCGAGGAGCACCGGCGUCUCGGCCCCAUGUCCUUCGGGGAGCUGAGUGUGCUGGCCCUCUUCAGCCUGCUGAUCCUGCUGUGGUUCACGCGAGACCCAGGCUUCAUGGCCGGCUGGGCCACGCACCUCCUCAAUGCAGAGGCAGAAUAUGUGACCGAUGCCACGGUUGCGGUCUUCAUCGCUGUCCUCCUUUUUGUCCUCCCCUCCAAAGCACCACGGUUCAGAUUCUGGGUGUGCACCUCCGCAGAUCCCCAGGCCUCUGGCCACCCCACGCCAGCCCUGCUCACCUGGAAGGUGGUCCAGAGCAAGCUCCCCUGGAACAUCGUGCUGCUGCUGGGGGGAGGCUUCGCACUGGCCAGGGGGAGCGAGUUGUCAGGACUGUCCAGGUGGUUAGGGAAUCAGAUGACCCCCCUGCACAACAUCCCGCCGUGGGCGAUUGCUGUCGUGCUGUGUCUCCUGAUUGCCACCUUUACAGAGUGCACCAGCAACGUGGCCACCGCCACCCUCUUCCUGCCCAUCCUGGCCUCCAUGUCCCAGUCUAUAGGGCUGAAUCCACUCUAUGUCAUGCUGCCUUGUACUCUGAGCACCUCCUUCGCCUUCAUGCUGCCGGUGGCCACGCCACCCAACGCCAUCGUCUUCUCUUACGGCUACCUGCAGGUGUCUGACAUGGUCAAGGCAGGCAUUUUCAUGAACAUCAUCGGCAUCGUCUGCGUCACCGUGGCCAUCAACAGCUGGGGCAGGGCCAUGUUCGACCUGGACUCCUUCCCAGCCUGGGCCAACUCCACUGGAGUGUAA